GGCCGCCCCGGUGCUCGCAGCACUGCGGAGGCGCCGGGCUCUGCGGCGGGGCCGCCGCUCGCCGCCGGUGAGCUCCCAACUGGGGCUACGCGGCAGCACUGGGAGACGGGGGGGGGGAUGCGCGGCGGGACGGCGCGGGCAGAGCUCCGCCGCCGGGGCCAGCAUCCUCACCCACCCCGGGGCAGCAGCGACCGGGACCGUUGAGCGAGCGGCGGCGGCCCUGGGCACGGGAGCGGGCAGGAACGGAGGGAUGACCUCCAACGAUGCUUCAGGUGAAGCUAAUAGUCACUGGAGAUGACUUUGGCUACUGUCCUAGGAGAAACCAAGGCAUCGUGGACUGCUUCCUGGCAGGUGCGGUAUCCAACGUGUCCCUUCUAGUCAACGGAAGCGCUGCAGCAGAUGCAGCCGAGCUGGCAAGGAGAUACAACAUCCCAAUAGGCCUGCAUGCCAACCUCUCCGAGGGCUCUCCUGCGUGUGAGGUACUCAAAACAAACUCUUCGCUACUCAACCAAGAUGGAUUCUUCCAUGGGAAAAGGGGAUUCAGAACAGCACUAUCAAAAGGUCUCCUGAAUAUGUCAGAGGUGAAGCAGGAGCUAAAGGCCCAAGUGGAGCUGUUCCAUGAGCUGACAGGUCACCUACCUCCUCACAUGGAUGGGCACCAGCAUGUCCAUGUCCUCCCAGAGGUCAGGCACGUAUUUGCAGAGGUGUUAGAGGAAUAUGGGAUUAAACACACACGUGUCCCAAUAGAGCCAGGCCUCCAUAAAUGUGACUGGAUUCCACCAUCCCUGAUGGACUUUUACCUGGGAGUGGAAGAGGAUUCUUUUAACACAGUGGAUGUGUUUACAAGUCAUGGAAUAAGGUGGCCAGACAUUUACAUAGGGUUGACCACGAUGGGCAAGAACAUGUCUGUCAGUAACAUCUGGAGUGCCAUCGACAGCGCAAUCACUGAGUUCCUGUCCAAGGCGCCCUCGCCCACAGACCCAACGCCACAGAGCAGGACCGUAACGAUUGAACUGAUGGUGCAUCCCGGGUACCCCAGUGUCCCACCUGUCGGCGGCUGUGGGGAAGGACCGGACGACUUCUCACAGUCCUGGGAGCGCCUCCAUGAACUCCAGACAUUAAUCAAUCCAGAGCUGCAGAGCCAUUACAAAGCCAGGAACAUUCAGCUUUGUUCCUUCAAAGAUCUUUAGGCAAGCAAGCAUACAUGCCUUUGUUCAGACUCACAAGACAGUUACCAGUGUAAUACCUCCUGGUGCAGCUGACAGGAGAAUGAACAGCCUGGGGACGCCAGUAAAGUGUUCAUGGAAGACCACCACCUACAGGUAGCACCCCGGAGCCCUGACCAGAAGAUUUUAGGUCACAGCCCCUGCUCUGAAGGUGACAGACCUCUCCUGCACCCCAUACCUGUGCACCCUUCCAGCACAGCUUGGCAGCCAAGGCCCAGCCCUCCUCCCAGGGCCCAGCUCCUACGACUCGAUGGUGAGCAGCAGGAAGACACGCUUUACUGCAAGACCAAGGAGCACACAGGCACCACCUCGCUUGUACCUGGCGCGACGCACAUGAAGGUGCACGCUGCCUUUAGAGCAUCUCUGGUCAGAACAGUCAGAUCACACCUUCAGCAUGAUGGCACCUGCAGCUACAUCCCAUGUACAGCCUCAGUCAGCAGUGAUUACAGCUCUUACCAUUGCCUUUUGGCAUUAAGCCACUGCAGGACAGUAACAUCGGGCACAGCCCCUUCAGAGAGGCUUUCCUUCUUUUCCUUUCUGGAUGACUUUGCAAGAACAGCAACUGUUGACCCAUCUGCUAUUUCAGUCACUGUUGCACAUGAGAGCUCCCCAGCAACUGUCCACUGCCUCUCAGGGAAAACGCAUGGGACGGCUGUGGACCAACCACGAGCGAGUUUCCAAAUGGAGAAGGUCCAUGUGUUUGUCCAUCUUUACUCGUGUCAUCAAAGUGUUCAAACUUAAACAAGUCCCAGUAGUCUCGAUAGGUCUAACUGCAGCCCUGCUGCUGGCAUGUCACUUUCCCAGAGGAAGAAAUAUUUUUGAUUGUUUAUGCUCAUUUUCUGCCCAAAAGUGAUCUAUUUAAUGUAAUCAUUAUUGGCUAAACAUUUUUUUUUCCUUUAAAUACUAAAAAUGUCAAUAUGAUCAUCAUUCUUUUAAGUACAAAAUAAACUCAGGUCUUUUUCUACUGUAAUGCUGCAGGAGGGUUUUGGUUUUAGUUAUAGCUGGAGAGCAAAGUAAACCCACUCACCUGCUGCUGCGGCUGCUGGCGGGGUGCUGAGACGCCUUGUUCUGUUCAUAAUGGACCCGUCUGACCCCCCUGCAAAACAGCUGAGGAAGGCUUUGUUCUGUACAAACAUCAAAGAUAACAGCAAGGCUGCUUUAAAAAAGUUAUCAUCACAGAAUUGAUUUGAUACACGUUUGGUUUUAACACCCCAUCUGCUGCACCAAAGAGCCGAGCCUUUGGGGGUGACGCAAUGGCUGAAGCUGGUCCCGCCGGUGUCCGACGGUGAAGCUCCUGCUCUGUGGUAGCAGAGAACGAAUAAAAAACCUCAGGAGGGAGCAGACCUGCUGAGAGCGGCCGCGGAUGAAAUCGGAAUAGCUGGUGUAGCGCUGCUGUAGGCCUGCAGGGAUCGACUGGAGCUCCUCGCAUUACACAGCCCUUCCAGCUCCCUUCAACGGCAUCCGAGUCACACCGGUUCAGAGAAACGCAGUCUUUGACCUGAGAGGCUCACAACCAGAAAGUAUGCGAUUGAGUAGUAACGAGGGCAGCCAACUAGUGCUACAGUCUUGUUUUAAAUAAAAUCUCGAGGAUGGCGAGUUUCCAUGCCCACAGACAUGAUCAAAAGGUACAGUGACUCACGUGAUGCAGAAGUUACACACUUCAGCUUGACAGAUAAUUUGGCAUUGUUUUAUUAUGAAUCCGAGUGAGCGUGAAUGAAACAAAAUCAGUACCAACUUUCUGCAAAUGAAGACACAGAGAUGUGAAAAUUUGGUAAUUGACAGUGCUCUCACAAGCCUGAAAACGCUCAGGAAAUGCAAGUUUCUGUAAAUAAGGUGAAUGUGGUUUAACUUUAUUUACCUGCCAAAGAAUCUGUCUAAGAACACUUAAAACAUAAAAUGUCUUAGCUCCCUAACUUAUAAAAACAAAGUACUUUCA